AUGGACCCCAAGGACCGCAAGAAGAUCCAGUUCUCCGUGCCCGCGCCCCCCAGCCAGCUCGACCCCCGCCAGGUGGAGAUGAUCAGGCGCCGGAGACCAACCCCCGCCAUGCUGUUCCGGCUCUCAGAACACUCCUCUCCAGAGGAGGAGGCCUCUCCACACCAGAGAGCUGCUGGAGAAGGACACCAUCUCAAGUCAAAGCGAGCCAACCCUUGUGCCUACACACCCCCUUCUCUGAAAGCUGUGCAGCGUAUUGCCGAGUCUCACCUGCAGUCCAUCAGCAACCUGGGUGAGAACCAGGCCUCAGAGGAGGAGGAGGAUGAGCUGGGGGAGCUACGGGCCCUGGGCUAUCCCAGAGAGGAUGAUGAGGAUGAAGAUGAGGAGGAUGAAGAGGAGGAUGAAGAGGAGGACAGCCAGGCGGAGAUCCUGAAGGGCGUGAGGGGAUCAGCUGGACAGAAAGUUUCCUAUGGCCAGGGUCUUGAGGGACCUUGGGAACGCCCACCCCCUCUAGAUGAGCCCCAGAGAGAUGGAAGCUCUGAGGAUCAAGGGGAAGAUGCAGCGCAAAGCAAGCCAGGGGAGGAGCCACGACGCCCUGCCCACCCUGAGCCUGGCACAUAG